CCCACGAUGCUCGCCCGACACGCCCCCGCGCCGACGACGCUCAGCGCAGCCGCCCACCGAGCGCUGCCCGCUGCUUCUGCCGCCGCCGCCGCCUCUCGCCUUUCGACGGCCGGCACACCCUCGCGCACACAGAAGAGGAGCCUGGCCACGGUGCAGGACACGCCGGUGCAGCGGACAUAUGGCGGGCUCAAGGACCAGGACCGUAUCUUCCAGAACCUGUACGGCCACCAUGGCGCCGACCUGAAGAGCGCCAUGAAGUACGGCGACUGGCACAAGACCAAGGAGAUUCUGCUCAAGGGCCACGACUGGAUCAUUUCCGAGGUCAAGGCCUCUGGGCUGCGCGGGCGAGGCGGUGCCGGUUUCCCCUCUGGCCUGAAAUGGUCGUUCAUGAACGCAAAGGGCUGGGAAAACGACACCAAGCCCCGCUAUCUGGUCGUCAAUGCCGACGAGGGCGAGCCCGGCACGUGCAAGGACCGCGAGAUCAUGCGCAAGGACCCGCACAAGCUCAUCGAGGGCUGUCUCGUUGCCGGCCGCGCCAUGAACGCCACGGCCGCCUACAUCUACAUCCGCGGCGAGUUCUACCACGAGGCUGCCGUGCUUGAGCGCGCCAUCCAGGAGGCUUACCAAGCUGGCUUGAUCGGCAAGAACGCCUGCGGGUCCGGUUACGACUUCGACGUCUACGUCCACCGCGGCAUGGGCGCCUACGUGUGCGGUGAGGAGACGUCCCUCAUCGAGUCGCUCGAGGGCAAGCCUGGAAAGCCCCGUCUCAAGCCCCCGUUCCCCGCUGCCGUUGGCCUGUUCGGAUGCCCAUCGACCGUCGCCAACGUCGAGACGAUUGCUGUCGCGCCCACCAUCUGCCGCCGAGGAGGCAACUGGUUCGCUGGCUUCGGCCGUGAGCGCAACCAGGGCACCAAGCUGUUCGCCAUCUCCGGCCACGUCAACCACCCCUGCACCGUCGAGGAGGAGAUGUCCAUCCCCCUCCGCGAGCUGAUCGACCGACACUGCGGCGGCGUCAAGGGCGGCUGGGACAACCUCCUCGCCGUCAUCCCCGGCGGCUCCUCCACCCCCGUCCUGCCCAAGCACAUCUGCGAAGACCAGCUUAUGGACUUUGACGCGCUCAAGGACUCGCAGUCUGGAUUCGGUACCGCCGCCGUCAUCGUCAUGGACAAGUCAACAGAUAUCGUCCGCGCCAUCACCCGCCUCGCCAAAUUCUACCACCACGAAUCUUGCGGCCAGUGCACGCCCUGCCGCGAGGGCUCAAAGUGGACCCACCAGAUCAUGGACCGCUUCGAGAAGGGCCAGGGUCGCGUUCGUGAGAUUGAUAUGUUGCAGGAGCUCACUAAGCAGGUUGAGGGUCACACGAUUUGCGCUCUUGGUGAGGCGUUUGCGUGGCCGCUGCAGGGGCUCAUCAGGCAUUUCAGACCUGAGCUCGAGGCUAGGAUGAAGGAUUAUGGUGUGCAGAAUGGAGGGGCGGCGUUGGCGGGCGGUUGGGCGCAUGAUGCUGCGAAGAGGGGGCAGUUGGUUGCGCCGGGUCAGUAGGGAGAUUGCUUAGUCGAUUUGUUAUCGCUGCGUUGAGUUCGCUGCUGAGUGUAUAUAUGGGGAGAUUUUAUCGCAACCUGCUUCUUCGACUGAAUGAUUGACUGAUUCAUAUCAUUGAACUACCCUG